AUGGCCGACGCUGAGGAAACCCAGUUCAAUUCCCUCGCCGACAGAAUCACCGCCCUCAACCGCCAGAAAAACUCGGCCUUGGUCGAGCCCGUCCGCAAAAGGCCUCCUCCGCCGCCGCCCCCCGUUGCAAAGGCGCGGGCGACGAACCCUGCUCCCGCCACCCCCGAUGCCUCGGCCCGUCGCCCAAGCUCCGUGUUGCCUCCGCCGUCCGCUCCAUCGAACCCGCCGCCACUGCCUCGGCGCGAUACCCAAAUAUCUGUCGUGUCUGGAGACAAGACUACGGCGAUACGUGACAAUGGGCGCCCCGUCCCCCCACCACUGCCAUCGAGAGCGCCGUCCUCCCGGCCUUCUAUUCCCCAGCUCCCCCGGCGAACCUCGACCCAGUCCAGCCUCGUGACGCUCAGGCGCAACUCUGCAUCUUCUGACAUGUCCCAACUGUCGUCGUCGUCGUCGUCGUCGUCAUCGUCUCUGCGCCGUCUUCCCUCUUCCAAACCGAGCCAUGGAUCAAACGGGAGCGCCUACCAGCGCAAGUUAGCCCCAGCCCUCUCUGACCCCUCUAGCCUGCCCCCGCUGCCGCCCUCGAGGCGCGAGUCCGAGACCAAGGCACAAGAGGCCACGGAAAGGCCGACGACGACCUUGGCCGACGACGACGUCCCUCCCCCGAUUCCCCGUGCUUCGCGGCCGUCGGCGGCCCAAAUCCAAGCCGCGUCAGCCAAGGCGGUGACAAGAACACAGACGCCAGGUGACUGCUGGGUGUGUCGGGACUGGAGCGGUCCAGACAGGGUAGCGACGCAAUUCCCGAGAGAGUCUCUCCCGAGAAAGGAUCCGGUAGGGCACUUGGCUCGCGGGCUUUGCGACCCUUUCCCUUCUUAUACGGACAAGGCCAGGGCCAUUUUUACGUGGUUCCAUCACAACAUUCACUACGACACGGUUGCCUUCUUCGGCAACAAUGUAAGAAGCAUGUCGGUUGAGCAGACCAUCUUCGGUGGCCGGGCUGUCUGCCAAGGGUACGCGGAGACGUACAAGGCCAUUGCCAAUCAAGCUGGGCUGGACUGCAUCAUGGUCUGCGGCCAUGGCAAGGGCUUCGGGCACGUACCAUUGAAGAAGGGAGAACGGCCGCCGCGGGCCAAGCCAGACGGGCACGCAUGGAACGCGGUGAGGAUUGACGGUGGCGGGUGGAAGCUGAUAGAUGCCUGUUGGGGAGCCGGGCACAUUUGCGGCGACAACCAGCUGUACAAGCAGGAGUUCAGCCCGGAACAGUUCACGUCGAGCAACGAAAAGUUUGGACUCCGACACUUUCCGCAGGAUGCGAGCCACCAAUUCCGGAGCGACGGGCGGACCGUGUCGUGGGAAGAGUACUUUCGAGGCCCCAUUGACGGCGAGCCGCCGACCUUUUACACAAACGGGCACCAGGAGGGCAUUGCCGAGGACAGCGUGCAGCCGCGGGAACGGGACAUUCGGGUGCACGGCGGCGGGUCGGUGCGGUUUCAGUUCUCCAAGAUUUGCGAGCACUGGACGCCGGAGAGGAACGGGCUGGGCAAGGCGCCGCUGCUGCUGCUCAGCAUCCACGGGGUGGACGGGCGCAAGGACGAGAUGGUGCCGAUGGAGAGCAACGGCUUCUGGCACUGGAUCGACGUGGACGCCAGGCAGCUGGGGGCGCCGGGCCAGUCGGUCGAGGUUGCGCAGCUGACGACCAUGAACGACAGGGACGCGCGGGGGGUGUCGGCGGCCGAGUUCCUGUCCAAGAGGGGCAGGGUCGGCAUGUCGUGGUCGUACGUUAUGAAGUGGGAGCUGGUCUGA